AUGUAUGAUCGGGCUCCCCGCUUGCUCAGAUUGGCUGAGGGUGGCAGCACUGAGGCCCAUGUGGGUCCUGGGUCCUACCAGGUACCCUUCCUGAAGCAGCAGGUUACAGGUGGCUAUGCACCAUUCCUUUCUUUGGCUUCCAGAGAAAGUUCUUUUACUGUUGCUUGUAACACUGAGAAAACUCUUCCAGGUCCAGGACACUAUAAUGUUUCAGAAGUACAGCAUAAUAUUAAAGGAGGCCAUAGUCUACAAUACUGGGAGAAACGUUUUCAGAAGUUUGUUUCAGAUAGUCCAGGACCUGCAAGCUAUGAUCACAUUUAUCCUGGAACACUAGAGAUCACGAACAGACAGACAGUUUCAAGAGCACCUCCAGUUUCUAGAAGUGUUGAUGUUCCUUUGAUUCCUUCUUUUGGUUGGUCAUAUGGUUACCAUAUUAAUGAGGAUGGCACAAUUACAAAACAUUCUCCUCCACCUAGUGACAGCACACUAGGUCCAGCAUACUACAAACCUCAGUAUGAUGUUUUCAAUGCAACUUUGAAAUACAAAGGGAUACAUUUUGGCAACUCUUUAGGAAGACGAGAGCUACCUAGAAAGUCAGGGCCUGGUCCUGGACAGUAUGAUAUUGUCCAGGAAAAAGUAUCACAUUAUGAAAAUAUUAACAUCAAGAAAGAGCAACAGCAAAAUUAUUGCUCAUUUCUCCCACGUUUUUAUGAACUAAUAGUAUUGCAGGAAGAAAAAAAGGGAGUACCUGGGCCUGGAAGAUAUGACAUUAAAAGUCAGUUUCAGAAGACUGAAAGUAAGACACCAAAUGUAAAUGAUGCAUCCCCUGCUUUUCUUUCUCCAUCCCAGAGAUUUGUACCUUUGAAAUCAAUCACCCCAGCUCCUGGCACUUACAAUGAAAUUCGAACUGCUCUCAAGUCCUUGAAGAAAGCAUCAGGACUGAAAAAUACCCCAUUUGGUCAAAGUACUGCUCGAUUCACACAGGAUUCCAGGACAGAGGAAAUACCAGGUCCUGGGUUUUAUAAUAUCCUAAACAGUACUAUAAUUGACAACUUUAGAAAUACCUGCUUGAAGAAACAAAAGAAAAGUGCAUUUGGGUCCUCUGUUCCUUGAACUUUCUUCCUUGUUCACAAAGAAGCAUAUACUACUCCUGGGCCUCCUGAUUAUCAGGUUAGUGGAAUUUCUGAUGAACUACCUAACUUGACUAACCGGUAUGCUGCUUUCUUGUCAAGAACAGCAAGAACUGCUAAACUAUUGGAUAUGGAUACUCCAGCACCAGGCAGCUAUGAUGUUCAAAGCUCAUACGAUACGUCACAGGGUAAACGUAAAUACAUGCCUCCCCGUAGUUUGGUGGCUAAAAGAAAACACACCUCCUUUCUUAGUGCAACUCCUCGGUGCAUGGAAAAAAUGAUCGAUGGGCCAGGACCCACAACAUACAAUCCUGUUUUAAAGAAAUCUUGCCGCAUACCUUUAUUUGUUAAAGCAUCAAAGUGUUUUGAAGAUCCUAAGGAGAUUACUCCUGGUCCAGCGACAUAUGAGCCUCUUCAACAGCAGUUAUAUAUGUAA